GGGCUUCCUUAUAAACGUCUCAAAGCCUUCCUCCUCACUCUCUGCUGCCUCUAGGGUUUUUACUUCGGAUCAGACUCUGCGGCUUAGGCUUCUAUCGGAUCUUCGAAACCCUAACAAUGGCGGAACAGACGGAGAAGGCUUUCCUGAAGCAGCCCAAGGUGUUCCUUAGCUCGAAGAAAUCGGGCAAAGGAAAGAGGCCAGGAAAAGGAGGAAAUCGGUUCUGGAAGAGCAUUGGUUUGGGGUUCAAAACUCCUAGAGAUGCAAUUGAAGGAACCUACAUUGAUAAGAAGUGUCCAUUCACUGGCACUGUUUCUAUUAGGGGGCGUAUUCUUGCUGGUACCUGCCACAGUGCUAAGAUGGUCAGAACUAUCAUUGUUAGACGUAAUUAUCUUCACUAUGUGAAGAAAUAUCAAAGGUACGAAAAGAGACACUCUAACAUCCCAGCACACAUAGCUCCUUGCUUUAGAGUUAAAGAGGGAGACCAUGUCAUCAUUGGCCAGUGCAGGCCCUUGUCAAAGACCGUGAGGUUUAAUGUAUUGAAAGUGAUUCCUGCUGGAUCAUCCACAGGUGGAAAGAAGGCUUUCGCAGGGAUUUAAGUCCAGAAUUUUCAGGUCCCAUAUUUGUUUAUGUUAAGGGGAUGAUAUGUUAGCAUGAGCUUUUCUUCAGCUAGAUGUUCUUUUCACUUUAUUUAUUAACUGUAUUUCAUUAUCGUGAUACUAUUGCAAUUUUGAUUCCCUUGAGUUUUGCUUUA